AUGCUUCCGCUCGCCACAAUGUCCGCGCCGAGCUCGCUUCUCCUGCGGCCCGCGGCGCGCCAGCGGACGGCGAGAGAACCAGGACAAAGCUGGGGAGAACAAUCUAUCUCGGGUUCGCAGUCCCGGAGGAAUAAGCUCAGCAACUCCAUCUGUGUGAAAGCAAACAUAACGUGCUGUGCUAACCAGACGCAAACCGCGAAGCGCAAAUCGUUCUCGGGACCCACCUCUCCACCGUCAGGUUCAGUUAAAGAGAAGGUGAAGCCGAGGCUCGACGACGGGGGCGUCGGGUUCCCGCCGUUUCGGUUCGGCGGAGGAGGCGGCGGAGGCGGCGGUGGUGGCAGCAGCUCCUCCGGUGGGUUCAUCCUCUUUGUGAUCGUUUUGCUCCUGGACUACCUGAGGGAGUUCGAGAGAAACCUGCAGAAUGGGCCGCGGAGGGGCAGCGACUACGACAGCGGGCUGGCACCGCAGUAG